GUUCCUGGAUUUAAGUACAAAUCGCUGAAGCUUGUGCAGUCCUGCCUUUCUAUUUUCCCUAUCUCCACUAUCUUUUUUCCUUUGGCUCUUCGUGACAACUUGGGGCUGCAAAGGGCUUACAGAAAGGCUUAUGGCUCUUCCUUGUGUAUGUAAGUCAAGGGCAAGUCUUUUUAGAAGUCAGCCAGAGACAAUCCUUGCUGGUCACAUCAAGAGAAGAAUCCUUGCUUGUUGCUUUAAAGGAGACUUUUAGGUUUUGGAUCAGUGCUUUCAUUAGACAAAAAUGCAGAGUAAAGUGAGGGCAAACAGCAGGAAUCACAGGAGAAAAAACAAGAGUUCCUGUAUCAUACUUACUACUGACUUAUCUUACUUGUGAUAUGCCUAAAAAGGAUUUGUGGGUAGAAACAUCUGACCCAGAUCCUGCAAUAAUCGUUGGCAGUGCAGGCAGCUGUGACAGUAUGAUCAGCAACAACUCCAGCGCAUCUGAAAUGAAUGACAGUGGUUAUGAUUAUCUGUCAGUGGAGGAGAAAGAAUGUCUUAUGUUCCUUGAAGAAACAUUAGAUUCCUUGGAUACCGAGGCAGAUAGUGGACUUUCAGCUGAUGAGACAGGAACAGCUGAGUCUUCUAAGCAUCCAAGGACAUGGCCUUCAAGAGAUGUUCCCAAAGGAUUAGAUCUUGACAACCUCCAGAAGCAUAAAAAAUUUGAAAUAAAUGGCAACAAACGUGUGUCUGGACUUGUUAGCAUACCAACUCCAGGCCAUCAUAGCCUUCCAAGGAACGUUACUGUCAAAAGUGUUCCCAAAACACCCAACAUUUCCCUUGUGGAGGCAACAGGCUCUAAUACUGAUAACCCAAAGGAUCUUCCACAGAUAUGUGUUACUUCAUGGGAGUCUCCUAAACAUGAGAUAUUCAACAUAUCAAAUGGCCAGCCCAGGAUGACCACACAGCCGAAGGCCUCAGAUCUGGAAUCUGUGGUUAUUCCACCUCCUGAACCAUUCCAGGAUCACAGGCAGGGUUAUUCCAAAAGAGAGCAAGAGCCACAAUUUCUUAACAAGGACUCCCAGAAAGAUGUUGAAAGUGUGUUGUCACCUCACUUUGAAGUUAGGAGUGUUGACAUAGCAGAGAGAUAUGAAGGUGCAUCAAUCCAGCCAGAACCUUCACCAGUGAAGGCAGGCCUAGAGAGAGGAAAAGAAGUGAUUUUGAAAUCUUUGUUUCCUAAAGCAAACAAGAAAAACUAUGAACAAAUGAUGGGUGUUCAAGAAAAUGGUCAAAAACCUACAUUGGAAGAAACAUUGCUAGAUUCUAACUUUAAGCAAGGUCCUCCCACUGCCCCAAAGCCCAGAAAACUGCCACCAAAUAUUAUCUUGAAAACCAGCAGAAGUAAUGCGGUGUCACUCAACAUUGAUCCAAACCAUAAGAUAAAAGUGCUAUCUCCAGCCAAUGGCAGACCUAGAGCUGCAACUGGUGACUUUUCCAUGGAAAAGGUGCAUUCUCUUCAAAAAGAACAGGAGAGAGCCAGGAGGGAGGCUUUGGAGAAGUUGGGACUCCCCCUGGAUAAUGAGAAAGAUCCAGAAGACCAUGUGACUAAAAAUUCUGCUUACUCAAAAUCAAGAGAGACUUUUAGGAACCACAGUAGGGAGAACCUACAUGUGGAUAACAUCACUCCUAAUAAGAAACCUGACCAGGAGCAUGGCCAGGUUGGUGGGAAAGGAAUCUAUGCAGCAGAGAAAAACACCCCAGGUAUCAAACAGGCAAAUUUCAAAUCUAACACACUGGAACGAUCAGGUGUGGGUCUGAGCAGUUACAUCUCCUCAAGUGCUGAGGACCAGAACAUUAAGAACAUCAGCUCCAUUGGCAAAAUGUCCUUUUUUGACAAGAUUACUCCAAAUUUUCUCAGGAAUAGCCGGCCACGCCCAGCUUCCCUUGGCAUGGGGAAGGACUUUGUUGAUCUGAAGGAAAACAAAAUGCAUAAUGAUGAUCUGGAGAAAAAUGACAAACGAAGAUCUUAUCCAUUUCAGCAUCCCUCCAAGCUCCCCAGACCACCUUGUGUCAGUGUAAAAAUCACCCCUAAGGGGGCUGCAGAGGAGCACAGAAGGGAAGCUCUAAAAAAACUUGGCCUAUUGAAGGAAUAAGCCAAACAUCUGGUUUAAUUCAAAAACUGUGUGUGCCUUUACGGAUAAUGAGUUUUCUUGCUUGUUGCCUUCUCUUCUGUUAUCUGAAAGAGGAAGAAUUGUAGUAUAGUCUGAAUGUACUGAGGCUUUACCUAGAGUGUUUUUAGGUUUGAUGAGUUAAUCUACCUUCUAUAGAGGCAAAUCUGUACUCUGUUUAGACUGCGCUUCUCACUGGUUAGAAAUGUCUCACCUGUAUAGGAUAUGUGUUUGUAUAUAGUGUAUAAAGGCAUGCUUAUUUGUAUGUAAUAAGUAUAUUGUUAACUGGAAGAGGGAAAUGUUCAUUUUGUAAUUCCUAGGGCAUAUGGUAAAACCACCUCUGAGUAUUCGUUACCUAUGAAAAUCAUGUGAAAUUCAUGCAGUUGCCAUAAGUCAACAAGCAACUUAUAGACAUGUACAAACACAUGUGGUGAACUUUGGAUAUAUACAGAGGCUUUGUAUCAUGAUGAUAGCCAUGUGGUUAGAACUCUUUAGUCAAGACUGAACUAAGUAUUGGUUUUCUAAAGGCUUCUUUUUAAAUAUCUGGCAUUGAAACAAUCAGUUGCAUAUAAUGAAGCUAGUGAAACCAGCUAAGCUAGUGUAUCCGAUGCUCUGGAUACUUAAUAAACUGGAAAGAAUGCAUUGGGUAUGAAUCUUAGGCCUUAGUUUGUAAAAGCUUGGUAGUUCACCUACAACCUUGCUUGCAAAUGGCUAUCCAAGAGUUUACAAAAUUAUCGAAAUCAAAGUUGCUCUCGAUCUAUUUCAGCUUACUGUACCUGCUUUAUGCGAACAAAUUAAUAUUGAAUGGUAAUUUAAAAUCAUGCAACUUUUUAGAAUGACAAGUGAGACUGAGUGCUUUAAACUGAUUGAGUAAUAAAUUGUUUUCUAUGGGG